GUUCUCGAGAAGGAGGCAUUUAUUUGUGCAGGGUUUCGGAAGACGAGCCACCCACGGAAACCUCUCGCUUUUCCUCUUGGGUCCUCUCAGGGAGAGGUACUCUCCCUUCGUCCCUCCGAGAGACCGCGCGGCACCUGCGCCUGCGCACAGCUGCACACUCGCUCCCUUUUUAGCCCGCCUUUUCCGGCCGGCUCUUGUGGGCGUGGUGGCGCUGGAAGAUGGCGGCGCCCGAGGCAGUGAUACUUCCGGAGAAGCUGAGCCACAAAAAAUACAGGGCCGCCCUGAAGAAGGAGAAACGAAAGAAACGACGUCAGGAACUCGCCCGAUUGAGAGACUCAGGACUCUCACAGAAGAAGGAUGAGGAAGACGAGGAAGCUAUUAUUGAACAACAACAAAAAGAAGAGAAACUGUUGGAGAUACAGAGGCAAAAGUUACACGAGGAGUGGUUGCUGCGGGAGCAGAAGGCACAAGAAGAGUUCAGAAUAAAGAAGGAAAAGGAAGAGGCAGCUAGAAAACGGCAGGAAGAACAGGAGAGGAAGUUAAAGGAAGAAUGGGAAGAACAGCAGAGACGAGAGAAAGAAGAGGAGGCGCAGAAGCUACAGGAGAAAAGAGAGAGAGAGGAGGCUGUGCAGAAGAUGCUGGAGCGGGCUGAAAAUGAGCUGGAAAGUACUGCCACAUGGCAAAACCCAGAACCACCCACGGACUUAAGAAUAAUGGAGAAAGAUCGAGCUAAUUGUCCAUUCUACAGUAAAACGGGAGCUUGCAGAUUCGGAGAUAGGUGUUCACGUAAACACAAUUUCCCAACGUCGAGCCCCACCCUCCUCAUUAGAAGCAUGUUUACAACGUUCGGGAUGGAGCAGUGCAGGAGGGACGACUAUGACCCCGACGCCAGCCUGGAGUACAGCGAAGAAGAGACCUACCAGCAGUUCCUGGACUUCUACGAGGACGUGCUCCCGGAGUUCAAGAACGUGGGGAAGGUGAUCCAGUUCAAGGUCAGCUGUAACUUGGAACCUCAUCUGAGGGGCAAUGUGUAUGUUCAGUACCAAUCGGAAGAGGAAUGCCAAGCAGCUCUUUCUCUGUUCAACGGACGAUGGUACGCAGGACGACAGCUUCAGUGCGAGUUCUGCCCAGUGACCCGGUGGAAAAUGGCUAUUUGUGGUUUAUUUGAAAUACAACAAUGCCCAAGAGGAAAACACUGCAACUUUCUUCACGUGUUCAGAAAUCCCAACAAUGAAUUUUGGGAAGCUAACAGGGACAUCUACCUGUCUCCAGAUCGGUCUGGCUCUUCCUUUGGUAAGAACUCAGAGAGGAGAGAGAGGAUGAGCCACCAUGAUGAGUACUACGGCAGGCCCAGGAGGAGGAGAAGCCCCAGCCCCUCUCGUUCCUACAAAAGGAAUGGGGAAACCGAAAGGAAAAGAAGAAGUAGCCACAGGGAGAAGAAAUCUCACAAACACACGGCAAAAAGUCACGAAAGGCACAGUUCACGAAGUAGAGAAAGAAAAAGGGAUCGCAGCCGGGGCCGGGGCAGCCAGAGCAGGAGCCGUCGGAGCCGGAGCCGGAGCAGGAGCCGGAGCCGGAGCCGGAGCCCAAGCCCCACUAGGUCCAGGAGUCGCGGCAGGAGGAGGUCAGGUAGUAGAGACAGAACUAUUCAUAGUCCCAAAUCCAAAUAA